UUCCUAAAAAAAAAAAGGCGCCGUGUCGAUCCGGCCGACGAACGGCGGUCCCCUCCCCUCCUGCGCAGCAGCCGGGGCCGCUACUUCCAGCCGGCUUCCUCUGGCGUACAACCCCUACUCCUCUCAGGUCCAGCCCUCCGGCUCCACCCCGCCCUUCUCAUCCGGACCUAGGGUUUGUGCGACCCUGCGAGCUCCGUCCCCGCUCUCCCCGCUCCGCCCAGUCGCGGGCGUACCAGCCGCCUCCCCGAGCCGUUCGAGCACAGGCCUCCUCGCAGAGGCACCUGUUGCCGCCCCCGCCGCCGCCAAGCACGAGGUGAGGUCAACGUAUCUGGCGCCCUACGUUUCGGCCCUAGACGUCUCUUUGUUGUGGGCCUGCUCACGGGCGAACACAGGGAAGCGUGCCGCAAGUGAAGAGGGGCGCAGGGGGAGACAGGGCAUGACGGAGAGGCAGUACGACCACUUGGUCGCCGGUCGCCAUCGGUGUCAUCUGCCAGGAGAGGGAGCAGAACAGGCUGUUUCUAGCUAAAUCCAAGGAAUUGGUGCAAUAUCAGGUCAUGGAGGGGAGUAAGAACAUGCAAGAGUCAGACACUGCAUCUGUUGUCAAAGUAUCCAGGGAGCCUGUUAUCAUUAUCAAUGGUGUCCCAGACUUGCCUCCUGAUUUCGCAUCUGGUUCACAACCUGCAGUAAGAGACACUCAAGGAUCUCGAGUUGAUCAUCGCUUUGGUGAAUGGCUAGAAGGGCGGAAAGUGAGAAAGCAGUUUGGGGACAAGUAUUUUGCAGGGAAAGUUGUCAAGUAUGACAGUGAAAGCAAUUGGUACAGUGUUGUCUAUGAUGAUGGAGACCAGGAAGAUCUUGAAUGGCUUGAACUGGAGGAGAUCCUGCUACCAUUGGACAUAACCAUUCCACUCAGAAAACUUGUUAUGGACAAAUUCAAACAUCAGAAUGCUGUUCCUGACUACAGACUUAAGGGGGCUAGAUCAUCGCAAGGAACUAAUGGUGCUCGCAACCAGGUGGUGGUCAGAGCAGUAAAUGGCCUACAGUCAAACAACCUGCCACUACCAGGGUUGCUUCAGGCGUCCCCAUCAAAUGCAGAGACUGUCAGGGCAGAAAAACUGAAGAUGCAGACCUCCAAAAGAAAAACUGAGGAGGUAUAUCAGCCUAAAAAAAGGGGCAGGCCUCGAAAGGAUAGAACUAUAUCAGUAUCAGGUGACAUUCAACCUAAAAAAAGAGGCAGACCUCCAAAAGAAAAGAACAUAUCUGGGGAGAGUAGUGUUCAUAAGCGCAACGCAGAGACUGUCAGGGCAGAAAAACUGAAGAGAGAAAGCUUGCGUGUUCGAGGGGCAUAACCUAACAAUCAAUCUCACUGUUACAAUACAGAUAUUUCUAAAUAUUCCAGUCUAUGUAUGCUGGUGACACUAGCUUUCAAUGUACUUUGUACAACCCAGCGUACAACAAAAUUUGUAAAGCUAUAUUUACUAUUCGAGCACUAUCAUAUUUCUUUUCCUAUA